AUAAAUCGAUUGGAAGCUUUAACAAAUUACAUUCAUAAUCUAUUAUAUAACAGACUCAAUUAAAUGUAAUAUACAUGAUCGUAUAUUUAGAUAAGGGAUAAAAUAAUGUUGUGUCAACUGAUAAUAUUUAUAGUCUUUUGUGUAACUCAAGUAAAGUCGAAAUUUUGCCGUAACUUUUACACCGGAGACAUCUUUCAAUGCUCGCAUUAUCAAACCUGUUGCAGAGAUAUGUGCUGCACAGCUCCGUUUUCAUUUAUCAAUCUUUGGUAUUUUUGGAUAUUCAUUCUCCUCCUCUUGUGCCUCUGUUCCGGAGGAGGUUACUGGUACAAGAGACGUUACAGCAAUGGCUUCAUUACCUCAUCCGCUCCCAACGGUUUAUUCGGGUCAGGCUUUCCAAGCAGAAGGGGAUUUUUGGGAGCUUCCAGCCUUUUCGGUGCUAGUUCUCACCCUAGACCCUUUUACGCCAAUACUGCUGGCGGAUUUCAAGGUUAUAGAGGAAACAUGUAUUAUCAAGCCCCUUUCGGCGGACCUAAACCUCCUCAAUACUUUUACCCCGAUCAAGGAUUUUAUUACAACCAAAACCCUAACACGUGUGCCCCACCUCCUAGUUAUCAAGAGUUAUAUAGGAACCAACAGGAGGACCAAAUGCGUAACGCACCCAAUCCUAAUGCUUUUCCAUCUUUUCCAAACCCUAGCGUGGCCAUACCAAUGCCUCCUCCUUCUAACACAACUACCAAUGCAAACGCUAACAUAAACAAAUAAAAAAAUUAACUUUUUUUU